AUGGCCGAUCAUUUGAUCCUUUCUUCUCUUCAACCUCCUCCUUUUCUCAUCUUCCCUUGUUAUCUUCACCGUCGAUGGAGAUUUUCCGGUGGAAGCAGAUUCUCCGUUCCUGAGCUCCGAUUGUCCUCUUCGCAACUACAAUUGGCUAAUUCCACUUCAUCUUCACAGUCUUCUUCUUCGGAUUCUGCUCCGGAGAAGUUCGAUCUCGUGUCCACCACUCGGCUUAACGAUGGAAGCCAUGUGUUCCGGUUCGGGGAUGCGAGCGAAAUUGAGAGAUAUCGUGAGACUGAAGCAAAAUUGAAAAAGCAACAUGCUAAGUUAGCUGAAGAAGCCAGUGAAGAAUCUGAUGCGAAUAUUGAAACAGGUUCUGAGAAAGAGGAAAGAGCUGCUCCUUCUAAUCUUAGCAAUGUCGUCAUCAAAAUUAAGGAUCGUAAAAGGGUUCGUUCUUCUAGUAAGAAAAAGAAAGAAACUUCAAAUUCGGCGCAGAGCGAAGAUAAAGUUAACGCCAACAUUGCUAGUGUGUCCAAUCUAAGCUCUGUAGUUACUGUAGCAGAAGCUAUUCCUACUAGCUCUACGGAAGAAAAAGUUGAAGCCAAAGUUGCUAGUGUGUCCAAUCAAAGCUCAAUAGUUAGUGCAGCAGAAGCUAUUCCUACUAGCUCUACUGAAGAAAAAGCCGUCGUUCCUAGGGAAUCUGAGCCGGUCAAUGAGAAUGUAGAGCCUCUUUCUUCUGAAGUUAUAGAGAAAGUCUCUGUAAAUGAAAUAGAAAACUGUGAGAUAACAAAUGGUUAUCAACAGCUCACUGAGAAUCGUGUGGAGGUUCAAGCAAGACCGAGAUUAUCUACUUCCCAACAUGGCUCACAGUCAUAUGAUCUCGAGGAAGUAGCUCAUGUAUCUACCAUUGAACUUGAUGAAAACUUGGAUGUGAGGGAAACUCCAAGGAAAACUUUUGAAGCCGAGGAGAAUCUUGUCGUUGAACCAAGAGCUACAGCUACUGUGUCUCCUGAUGAACUCAUUUCAACUUCAGAAGCAACACAUCACAGCGUUAACAAGAUAGCUGAAACGCCUGUAAUUGAUACGUCUGAGGAGAAUCUUGUCGUUGAACCAACAGCUACAGCUACUGCGUGCCCUGAUGAACUCAUUUCAACUUCAGAAGCAACACAUCACAGCGUUGACAAGAUAGCUGAAACGCCUGUAAUUGAUACGUCUGAGGUGGCAAAUGAAGGAGAAAAUGUGGCUUCAACCAUAGAAGACGAAAUAGCUGUGAAUGACACGAAUGCUGAUAAUGGUUGCAUAUCUAAAACCGGCAGUGACACAGAAGGCGAAGAUCUCCAACUUCAUGCACCUGAAACGGCCGGUCUUGAAUCCAUCGAAGUGGCUUCAGACAGGGAAGAAUUUGUGUCCAAAGCAUAUUACUUGGAAUCUGGUUUUGCUUCACUCCAAAGCCCCUUUAAGGCAUUGGCAGGUCGGGAAGAUGCUUAUUUUGUCUCUCACCACAACUGGCUAGGUAUUGCCGACGGAUUCUCCCAGUGGUCUUUUGAAGGAAUCAAGAAAGGAAAGUAUGCUCAAGAACUCAUGAGAAACUGUCAAAAGAUUAUUUCUGAUGAAACUGACAAGAUAACUGAUCCAGUUCAAGUUCUCCAUCGAAGUGUCAGUGCGACUAAGUCCCUCGGAUCAUCAACAGCCUUGAUUGCUCAUCUUGAUAAUAAUGAACUUCACAUUGUCAAUAUUGGAGACUCGGGAUUCAUGGUUAUCAGGAACAGAGCAGUAUUGCAGAAAUCGUCUCCAAUGUUUCAUCAUUUUUAUUUCCCCUUGCAAAUUACACAAGGCGAUGAUGUUCGAAAACUUGCAGAGGUUUACCAUGUGAAUCUAGAAGAGGGCGAUGUUAUCAUCACAGCAACUGAUGGACUCUUCGACAACUUAUACGAGAAAGAAAUUGUUACAAUAGUUUGCAGGUUACUGGAACAGAGUUUGGAACCUCAGCAGAAAGCGGCAGAGUUGGUGGCUGCAAAGGCACAAGAGGUGGGACGAUCUAAGACAGAGAGAACACCAUUUGCAGACGCAGCUAAAGAAGAAGGAUAUGAUGGAUUCAAAGGUGGUAAACUUGAUGCUGUUACUAUCAUUGUUUCACUUGUAAAAACUGUCUCUAGCUAA